CAGCUACUGAAGGAUAAAAUGAGAGUUAAGGAAGUUGCUGGAGCUUUUGGUGUGGCGAUAAGGUAAAGCCAGAGGCACAAAUGACCGUAACAAACGUCCAGCAUUCCGAGCGCCAGUGUGUCUGGUGAUGCAGUCAGUGUGAGCUGUUAGGAAAUUGUAUGGACCCUGGGAUGGCAGUUUUGGCAGGUGUAGAGCCUGGGACUGGAAAAAAGACAGGUGAAGGGAGGCUGUCCUGGCCUGUUUUCCUGCUGACCCUAGCUGCCGUCACCUCCUCCCUUUCUGCUCUGUCUCUGUACCAACUGGUGGCCCUCAGAGCCGAAGUAGAGGGACUUAAAUCGGAGGUUUAUCGCAGGAGAGAAGAAGGACAAGAGGCCAGGCAUGGGAGCCAGACUGAUAAUAUUAGUAGGAGAAACAGCCAUGAGUCCAUGCAUCAACCUGGGUCUCCCCUGAUGAGGAGGAAAAGAUUAGUCUCUGGUUCAGAGACAUUAGUAACUCAGCCUUGCCUGCAGUUGUUGGCAAACAAUAACAGGAGAACCUUUUCGAAAGAACAUGACUCGGAGCCACACACAGGGAUCCCCUGGCAGACUGGACUAAAGAGAGGCUCUGCCCUGGAGGAAGAUGGAGACACCAUAUUAGUCAGAGAGGAGGGAUUCUACUUUGUGUACAGUCAGGUCUACUACAUAGACAGCACCUUUGCAAUGGGUCACGUGGUGAUCCGCAGGAAGAGGAAUGUGGUGGGAGACGAGCCUCAGUAUGUGAUCUUGUUCCGCUGCAUCCAGAACAUGAACCCUGUGCACGCUUACAACACCUGCUUCACCGGAGGUAUUGUAAAGCUGGAGGUCAGGGACCACCUGGAGCUGCUGAUCCCUCGUUCAACCGCCAACGUGUCCCUGUCUGGAGAAUCCACCUUCCUGGGUGCUGUCAAACUGACUUAAAUUGUGACAACCACAAUGUGCACCUGGAGAUGCUGUUGUGGCAGGAAAGAGGUACCAUCAAAGUAACAAGGCACAGUUCUAGUGACCUCAUCUGACUGAGACAAUAUGUGAGGUGAGGUGAGGUGAGGUGAAGAAUAAGAAAGCAACCGUUUCUGCAUUGGCUGAACAAUAGACGUGUGACUCAUUUCAUUGUGUGUUCAGCCUGACGGGACAUGAAGAGGACUGAGUCACAUAACAUAUGUAUUUACUCUUUCAAAAAUACAUACACCUAGCUUCAUCAGUAUGGUAAUUUCUACAACACAACAGGGAAAAGGUGUUGUAAAAAGUACUUUUUCUUUAAAUAUUCACACAUGGCAAUAUCUGCAUUAUAAUUGUUGUAUCAUUCUCACACUGUUUAGUUCAUUUAUCUACUCCUGUAGUGCAUUACUGAAAUAGUUAUUUCCAUCCUGCUUUGUUAUUCCAUAUAUUUCAUCAUAAACAACAGCUGUUUGAUGUAUCAUCUGUUAAUCAUCCAAUGAGGGUUAACCUAUAUAUGUCUACUCAAAAAUUCCGAUGCAAUAAAGAAAGAGUUCUUGCACAAGCCAUGACAUCA